CACGCCAAUGGUCUUCGUGUGUCCACGACCCGUGCUUCCUCCUUCCGUCGCCGCGAGGGCCAAAUCUGAAAAUCCCCUCCAUCUCCGUGACCAAAUCUCCAGUAUCUUCGGCGAAGAAUCGAUUCCCUUCGGUCGUUCGUGAGGUUUCGCAUUUUUGUACCGCAGCCUGUGGUUUGUUCCCGCAGAUUGCCUGCGGACCUGCUGGGGUUUUUCAAGUUUCGAUUGCUUCUCGUGAGGUUUAGCUUUUGCCAAUUUGGGCGUUUGGAUCGUUUGAAGCUGAUCGAUGAAUCUACAUGAUUACUGACGAUUUCGAAAUAGUUUGGUUUACAGAAGUGCAAUAAUCUUUGGUGUUCGUUCAAGUUCGUGGUUGAGGUACCAAGAUCCUCUGUUCGUUCACCUUCUGUCUAAUGGGAUGGGGAAACAUCUUGAAGCGGCGGAUGAAAGUAUUCACUUUAGCAUUGGUGAUAUACUUGGACUACAAGGGCAUGCAGAAGCGAGUUAAAUGGUUUAGCAAAGUCAAAACAGACUCUAUAUGGGAAAAAACUCAUGAAAGAAAUGCUAGACGUGUUCUUAAUUUGAUGAUUGAGCUGGAAGGUUUGUGGGUAAAACUUGGUCAAUAUUUAUCUACCCGAGCAGAUGUUCUUCCAGAGGCGUAUAUACGCCUUCUCAAAAAGUUGCAGGACUCUCUUCCUCCUCGGCAAUUAAAAGAGGUCUGCCAAACUGUAGAGCGGGAGCUUGGAAAAUCUAUGAAUGACAUUUUCUCUCAGUUCAUUGAAGCACCACUUGCUACUGCAUCAAUAGCGCAAGUUCAUCGUGCAACUCUGAGAAAUGGGCAGGAGGUGGUUGUCAAAGUUCAACAUAGGGGCAUCAAGGAGGUCAUAUUAGAGGACCUAAAGAACGCGAAAUCUAUAAUCGAUUGGAUAGCAUGGGCAGAGCCACAAUACGACUUCAACCCUAUGAUAGAUGAAUGGUGUAAGGAGGCACCUAAAGAACUUGAUUUCAAUCACGAAGCAGAGAACACUAGAAGAGUUUCAGAAAACUUACGAGUCAAAAGUGAGGAUGUAGGUUUAAAAUAUGCUAAUAAAGUUGAUGUGCUGAUCCCUGAUGUUAUUCAGUCAACAGAGAAGGUCCUUAUUUUACAAUAUAUGGAUGGUAUCCGCUUGAAUGAUGUCCAAUCACUUGAUGCACUGGGUGUGGACAAACAGAAGCUUGUUGAAGAAAUUACACGUGCAUAUGCUCAUCAAAUAUAUGUUGACGGUUUUUUCAAUGGCGAUCCUCAUCCAGGAAAUUUUCUUGUUAGCAGAGAACCUCCACAUCGUCCUAUUUUACUUGAUUUUGGUCUUACCAAGUCAAUUUCAAGCUCUAUGAAACAAGCACUAGCAAAAAUGUUUUUGGCAUGUGCUGAGGGGGAUCAUGUGGCUCUGCUGGCAGCCUUCUCUGAAAUGGGGCUUAAGCUGCGUGUUGACAUGCCAGAGCAGGCCAUGAACAUUGCAACAGUGUUUUUUCGUACUUCCACACCAGCUAGCGAGGCACUUGACAACAUAAAAACUUUGGCUGAACAAAGGGAGAAGAACAUGAAGGUUCUUCAAGAAAAAAUGAAAAUGAAUAAAAAGGAAGUUCAGCACUUUAACCCUGUUGAUGCUUUCCCAGGAGAUGCAGUCAUAUUUACGAGGGUAGUAAAUCUUCUUCGAGGGCUUUCAUCUACACUUGAUGUACGUGUCAUUUAUUUUGACAUCAUGAGACCAUUUGCUGAGUUGACACUACUAGGAAACAUCAACAUUGGACCAACAAAAAAUAACCAAUGGAUAUAUGAUUCACCGAUUCAGUCUAAUGUGGAGGCCAAGUUGAGGCAGUUGUUGAUUGAGCUUGGAAACGAGAAAAUACUCGGAAUACAAGUUUGUGCAUACAAAGAUGGAAAGGUUAUAAUAGAUACCGCUGCAGGCGUGCUUGGGAGAUAUGAUCCCCGCCCUGUUCAACCAGACACCUUGUUUCCAGUUUUCUCAGUAACCAAAGGAAUCACUGCUGGGAUGGUGCAUUGGCUUGUUGAUAAGGGAAAACUCAAGCUCACUGAAACCAUAGCAAAUAUCUGGCCAGAGUUUAGCGGCGGCAAUAAGGAUAUAAUAAAGGUUCAUCAUGUUCUUAACCACUCAUCCGGCUUGCACAAUACUAUGUCGGAUGUUAUUAGGAGCAACCCUUUGCUAAUAUGCGACUGGGAGGAGUCUCUUCACCAUAUUGCUAGGUCAGUUCCUGAGACAGAACCUGGUUCCCAGCAACUAUACCACUACUUGUCUUUUGGAUGGCUUUGUGGUGGUGUGAUAGAGCAUGCAUCUGGAAAGAAGUUUCAAGAAAUUCUGGAAGAUGCUAUAAUCCAUCCUCUCAAUAUCGAAGGCGAAUUAUAUAUUGGUAUUCCUCCUGGUGUGGAAUCUCGGCUUGCCACAUUAACCCUUGACAAAGAAGAGCUCCAAAAUCUCCUUGAGAUCAGAGGUAGGCCAGAAAUGCCAUCCAGCUUACAGCAGGCUAAUUUCGCCGAGAUUGCAUCCAACCUUCCCGUGCUCUUCAACACAUUAAACAUCCGCCGAGCUAUAAUUCCUGCUGCUAAUGGCCACUGUUCUGCUCGUGCCUUGGCUCGCUACUAUGCUUCCCUUGCUACAGGUGGAUCCAUGCCUCCCCCUCAUUCAUCUGUUUCGAAGCCUCUCCUUGGAAGUCAUGUCCACGUCCCUACAUUUCCUUCAGUCAAACCACCUAAGAAAAAAUGGAAAAUCAAGGAGACUGUCAGCGCAUAUGCACAGAACAAGCGUUUGCUAAGUUCAAAUACAAACGGGGACAGUUCAGAUACUGCUAAGCAUGAUGGUUAUAGCCUUGUAGCUAACUCCGAAGAUGGAGACUCCAAAAAUGUUUCCCGAAUAUUUAACAACCCCAAGAUCCAUGACGCUUUCAUGGGCUUGAGCGAGUACGCUGACUUGGUUGUUCCCACUGGUAAAUUCGGCCUUGGAUUUCGGAAUUUCAAUACCGCAACUGGUAACCUGACGAGUUUUGGGCACUCUGGAGUUGGUGGGUCUACUGGAUUCUGCGACAUUGAGCAUAAUUUUUCCAUUGCAAUCACAGUGAACAAAAUGUCCCUAGGCGGUGUCACAAGAAGUAUAGUUCAGUUAGUUUGUUCUGAGCUGAACAUUCCCCUGCCAGAAGAUUUUUCAAGGUUUGGGGAGAAAGGACCUGACAUGCAACUUAAUCUGGCCCAGUAGCCGAUCUCAGACACGAAUAAUAUCCCCCUCUGAAAGGUAUUCUUAUACAUAUAAUAUUAACUCUUCAUAGAGCAGCAAUACAUAUAGGGCCAAUAUGAAUGAAUUGUCUUUUUAUUUGUUGAAACUGUAAUGCACAUACUUGAUUUGUGGAUGCAAAAAUUUGAUACAACUCGUCAUUCUCAGUAA